AGAUCGAAGCACCUGCCAAUGCGGCCCAGUUCGACGCCAGCCCACAGCUCCGAGAAACCCUGGCCUUCAACUUCUCUUCUAUGUCCUUGAACGAAACGCCCGGGUCGCCGACCCCUCCCGCGCCCUUGACCCCUCUGCUCCAGCACCACGCGGGCAUCCACUUCAACCCCCUGACUCUUCACAACCUGAAGGGCCGUAACGUGAGGGUGAGCACAGACCGCACUGUGGCCGUGAGGCUGAGGGAGGAGUACUGUAAUGCCUUCGUCUUCACCUCCAGGCCAGUCCGAUGUGGCGAGACCAUCCUCAUCCAGGUUCUAGGCAUUGACAGAUCGUACAUUGGUGGGCUCGGGUUUGGACUGACAGCUUGCAACCCUGCAACAGUGACAGAAGCCAGUCUGCCCGAUGACUCGGACCUGUUGCUAGACAGGCUGGAGUACUGGGUUGUCAACAAAGACGUCUGCCGCAACCCGGAAGAAGGCGAUGAAUUAAGCUUUUUUAUAUCAGAGGAAGGUGAAGUUCGCUAUGCCAGGAACAACCACAGUCCAGUUACGCUGAUGCAUGUCGACAGAACCCUGCCCCUGUGGGCAUUUUUUGAUGUCUAUGGCAACAUACAGAAGAUCAAGGUCGUGGGCACAACAAGGGCUGCAGUCCAAGGUCGUCUGGCCAGAUCUCAGUCCCUGACGGGGUACAACAACCUGCCUCCAGGCACAAGUGGCUCGGCCCCGACGUGCUCCUCUGCCGGACUGUCUGUGGCGAUGCCCCCACACGGCACAGGUGCACCCCCCAGCUCUCUCCCUGCCCACAUCCUCAGAAGCAAUAGCGUUCCCGUCUCAUGUCAUCCCUCCCCGCAGGACUCGGGUGAUGGCCGUCGAUUCCCUUCGCAGCCCACUUCAUUACCCAGCACCCCGCUGUCUCCCUCGACUCAGGCUGAGGAGGGGGCGGCCGACUGUAAAGUGUGCUGGGAGCGCUCUAUCAACUGUGUGCUCUACACUUGUGGCCACAUGUGUUUGUGUUUUGACUGCGCUGUUCACAUCCGCAGCGAGAAGGGACUAUGCCCUAUCUGCCGACAAGAAAUUGUGGAUGUCAUCAAGAUCUACCGCUCAUAGCACCAGGGCUUGCUUCGUCUUUUGUGGUUAACAGUUGUUUUUUUUUCGGCUUUUCUUUUUUUGGGAAUUUUCAACAUUGCUUUCGCCAACUGCAUUUUUGGAAAUUAUGGGAUUCAAAUUUUCUUUGCAAAGUAAAGGACAGCUGCUAUGUGACAACUGGUUUUUAAAAAUUCAGCUUUGAAAUUUUUAGUUUUUGAUUAAUGAUUUAUGUUCAGAGGAAAUGGUUGCUGUUGCUGAUACUGUGCAGAUGUGUUACAAUGCAUGUGAACUGCUUUGUAAAUUAAUCUGAAGAGUUCUAAUUUGAGGGAAGUGCUUUUUUGUCUAAUUGCAUCUUGGUUUGCAUGUAAAUGAAAGCAAUAUUAACUGCAUUAUGCUUGAUUGAAGUCUGUGAGAAUUUUUAUGAAGACAAUUGAAAGCCCUUUAUGUACCUUCCUCUUCUUUUGCUCCUUCUUCUACUUCUCCUUCUCUUUCUCCUUCUCCUUCUUCUUCUUUUUCUUCUUUUUCUUCUUCUCCC